UGCAGAUUACAGAGAUGGAGCUGGAAGGUCGGUCUCUGGUUCUGGGCAUUGAUGUGGGCACUAGCUCUGUGAAGGCCGUGCUGCUGGAGCCCAGGAGUGGCGAUGUGCUCUGGAGUCAGAGCACAGACACCAGGGCAGGGCUGCAGAGCGAGUGUGGGGCUCAGGGGAAGGAACAAGAUGUCUGCCAGAUAAUAAGAGCCCUAAAUGAUUGUUUGGGUGCCCUGCCCAGGGAACGACUGCAGAAGAUGUCCCGGAUAGGAGUGUCUGGACAAAUGCACGGAGUCGUCUUCUGGAAGUCAAGCCAAGGAUGUCACUGGAUUAACAGUGAAAACCUGCGAUUCUUUGAACCCAGAGAAGUCAGCCGUCUCAUUACUUGGGAGGACGGACGAUGUAGUACAGAAUUCCUGGCUUCAUUACCUCCGCCGCAGUCCCACCUCAGCGUGGCAUCAGGCUUUGGUUGUGCUACAAUAUUUUGGUACUUAAAGAACAGGCCAGACUUCCUCCGUGAAUAUGACGUAGCAGGGACAAUCCAGGACUACAUUGUUUCUAUGGUGUGCGGGAUGAAGAGACCUGUUAUGUCUGUUCAGAAUGCAGCUAGUUGGGGAUAUUUUAACACCAGGACCAAAACUUGGAAUGUUGACAUAUUGCAAGAUUGGGGCUUUCCAGUUUCCCUGCUUCCUCCUGCUGUAGACGCAGGGUGCAUAGCAGGGAAAUCUUCUUAUGCUUGGUGUGGAAUUCCACAAGGGACGGAGGUUGGAGUGUCACUGGGAGACUUCCAGUGCUCAGUCUUUUCUUCUGCAACUGAGAGCACAGAUGCAGUUCUGAAUAUUAGCACUUCUGCCCAGCUGACAUUCUCCAUGCCAGAGGGAUUCCAGCCUGAAGACCACCCCAGCCCUGCAGAAGCCAUGACUUAUUUUCCGUACAUGAACAAUCGGUACCUAGCAGUAGCUGCAUCCCUAAAUGGUGGAAAUGUUUUUGCUUCCUUUGUCAGAAUGUUGGCCCAAUGGACAUCUGAGCUAGGUCUGGAAACAUCUGAUUCCACCAUAUAUUCCAAGCUGAUCAAUGCUGCUUUAUCUGAACAUGAGACCCAACUUACAAUCUGUCCCACUCUGUUUGGAGAGAGGCAUGCUCCGGACAGUGUUGCUUCUGUGUCAAACAUCUCAACUGCUAGCCUUUCACUAGGUCAUGUGACUAGGGCGCUGUGCCGCGGGCUUAUUGAGAACAUUCAUUCCAUGUUGCCGUCCCAGAGGUUAAGGGAAGCCGGGAUUACACGCAUCAUCGGAAGUGGCAGUGUCUUGGCACGGAAUGCGGUGUUGCAGCAGGAGUUGGAGAGAGUGUUUUCUUUUCCUGUAGUCUAUGGGAAGGAUGUGGAUUCAGCUGUAGGCGCUGCUAUGAUCAUGAGGUCAUAGAGAAGUACAACUGUAUUUCUUUACUCUCAUGGAUUUGAAUUAAACUGAUCUUUUAUAAUUAAGGGAAGGUGGAUAUCCUCAGUGCCAGCUACAAAAUGUAUGCUUAUCUGCAGAAGCAAGUACAGCUUCCUGGUAUCAAAUCUGUGUUUCUGACUGGUGACCAUUUCUGGGGUUU